AUGAUCAAAACAUUCCUCCUUGUCCUCAUCACAAUCUUCAUGCCACCCGUCGGUGUCUUCCUCGUCGCCGGCUGCGGCGCUGAUCUCCUCAUCAACAUCUGCCUCACACUACUCGCCUUCAUCCCCGGCCACGUGCACGCCUUCUACAUCGAAUACGUCUACGUGAAGCGCCGCGACCAGGCGCGCGCGGGCACCCUCGACGCGAAGCCCGCACCCGGUAUUUACAGCAAAAAGGUGCAGAAUGGCGGGACCAAGGGCGUGGUGCCUGUUGCGCCUGUGGCUCCGGCUGCGGAGGUGCCGGUUCAGCAGGCGGGGACUGUGCAUUAG